CAGACCGGCGAGCGGCGGCAGGAGGCGGCGGCGCUGGGCGGCGCCGAGGCCCAGGGCCCGCCGGAGCCAGCGGGAGCCCGUGCCCAUCGUCUCCUCUCGCCCCCCACGCUGUCGCCGGCGUCGGUCCCAGCGGCGCGGAGAGAAAGGUCCCAAAGAUGGCAUAGUGAUGAAGGCCCCUUCCAAUGAUCGGAACGUCUUUACCCGAGGGUGCCUGCCUGGGCCCGUGGCAUUGCGUUGAGCCAAAGGAACUUGUCUGCCACUUCCCGGAAAACGUCUUUCUCUCCUAAUUCAUGAGCCAGCAGGAUGCGGUCGCCGCGCUUUCAGAACGCCUGCUCAUAGCUGCAUACAAAGGCCAGGCGGAGAAUGUGGUUCAGCUCAUCAACAAGGGUGCCAAGGUAGCGGUUACCAAGCAUGGCCGGACCCCCUUGCAUCUUGCUGCCAAUAAGGGCCAUCUUUCUGUGGUCCAGAUCUUGCUGAAGGCUGGCUGCGACCUCGAUGUCCAGGACGAUGGGGAUCAGACCGCCUUGCACCGGGCCACGGUGGUGGGGAACACCGAGGUCAUCGCGGUGCUCAUCCAGGAGGGCUGUGCUCUGGACCGACAGGACAAGGACGGGAACACGGCCCUGCAUGAAGCGUCCUGGCACGGUUUCAGCCAGUCUGCCAAGCUGCUCGUUAAAGCGGGAGCCAACGUGCUUGCCAAGAACAAGGCGGGGAACACGGCUCUGCACCUGGCCUGCCAGAAUAGCCACGCCCAGAGCACACGCGUCCUCCUGCUGGGCGGCUCCCGCGCCGACCUCAAAAAUAACGCAGGCGACACCUGUUUGCACGUUGCUGCGCGCUAUAAUCACCUGUCCAUCAUUAAGCUCCUCCUCAGUGCUUUCUGUUCUGUCCAUGAAAAGAACCAGGCUGGAGACACAGCACUUCAUAUUGCUGCUGCCCUAAAUCACAAGAAGGUGGUUAAAAUCCUACUGGAAGCCGGAGCAGAUGGGACCAUUGUCAAUAACGCAGGCCGGACUCCACUGGAGACUGCCCGCUACCACAAUAAUCCGGAAGUUGCUCUCCUCCUCACUAAAGCGCCCCAGGUCUUGCGCUUCAGUCGUGGGCGAAGCCUGAGGAAAAAGAGAGAGAGGCUCAAGGAAGAGAGGAGAGCUCAGUCUGUGCCGAGAGAUGAUGUGGCACAAAGCAAGGGAAGUGUCUCAGCAGGAGACACCCAUAGCAGUGAACAGGCUGUACCCAGAAAAGAAGAGUCCAGAGAAGAUUUCCUGUCUGCCUCCCCGGAGCCCAGAGCAAAGGACAACAGGCAGAAAAAGUCAAGGCCCAAGGCGUCAGCGUUUUCUGACCCCACCCCACCAGCAGACCAGCAGCCUGGACAGCAGAAGAGCUCGCACACUCACAGUCACCCUAAAAAGAGGCCCAGGCAUCGCUGUUCACCCCCAGGUGCCCCCCACGAGUUCAGAGCGUACCAGCUCUACACGCUGUACCGGGGCAAGGACGGCAAAGUGAUGCAGGCCCCAAUAAAUGGCUGUCGAUGUGAACCCCUGAUCAACAAGCUGGAGAAUCAGUUGGAGGCAACUGUGGAGGAGAUCAAAGCAGAGCUGGUGUCGGUUCAGGAUAAGAUGAACACGAAGCUGGGGCACAUGGAGAAUAAGACCCAGCACCAAAUGCGGGUUCUGGACAAGCUGAUGGUUGAGCGACUCUCAGCAGAGAGGACGGAGUGCCUGAACCGCCUGCAGCAGCACUCGGACUCAGAGAAGCACGAGGGAGAGAAACGGCAGAUGUCCUUGGUGGAUGAAUUAAAAACUUGGUGCAUGUUAAAGAUUCAGAAUCUGGAGCUGAAGCUUUCUGGAGAUUCUAGGGCCUCCAGGACUAAAUCCACACCAUCCACUUGCGAGUCCUCCACAGGUGUGGAUCAGUCAGUGGUGACCGCAGGUCCAGUAGCAGCCUCUGACAGCCCCCCUCAGGUGGUCAGGCCCAAGGAAAAGGCCCUCAGCUCCACAGCCGCCCACAGACUCCAGCAGGAGCUGUCUUCCUUGGACUGUGCAGGCUCCCGACUGAGGAGUGUCAAGGUCCAGACAGCCUCGUUACCCUUGAAAGAGGCAGCCAAGUGUGAGCCGCAGGCUGGGCCCUGUGUUGACAGAGGCACCCAAACCAAGAAGUCUGGGAAAAGUGGGCAGACGAGGCACCGCGGCCAGCAGCCAGCACCCAGCACCACCUGCGGGCAGCCGCCACCAGCAGCAGGUGGCGAGCAGACUGCCCCUCAUACUCGGGACACCUCCCAAGCGCUGGAGCUCACCCAGUAUUUCUUUGAGGCUGUUUCCACCCAGAUGGAAAAGUGGUAUGAAAGGAAGAUUGAAGAAGCACGAAGCCAAGCCAGUCAGAAAGCCCAGCAAGACAAGGCCACGCUGGAGGAACACAUUAAAAGUUUAGAGGAGGAACUUGCUAAACUAAGGACUAAGGUACACAAGGAAAACUAGGGCCUGGGAAGUGGGACGAGAAAGGAUUCCUGGGACUUCCCUGGUGGUCCAGUGGUUGACUGUGCUUCCAGUGCAGGGGGCGGGGGUUCGAUCCCUGGUCUGGGAACUAGGAUCCUGCAUGCCGUGGGGAGGGCGGGGGGCAAGGAUUCCUGAAGAUUUCCGGUCCUGCAGCUGCAGAAGAGCUAUGUCGGAGGUGUCAGUUAUUGUACACAUAGCAGACCUUGCCUUUUAAAAAAAUCACUAAUUUCUAAAACGUGCCAGACACAUGCUUCCUAUGCCCUGAAGUUGUGAAGACUUCAACAAUUAGACUGAAACUAGGGGACACUUGGUUUCAGGUUUCAUUACAGAUUUGAAACCUCAGCUCAAGUUCAUCUGAAGUUCAAAAGCUCAGAUUAAGCGAGCUGUGCUAAGAAACUGAAGGAUGUGUAAGCCUAAACCCCAAUAUUCAGGAUAUGAAAUAAUGUAAAUGAAAAGCAAGAAAAAAUAUUAAUCCCUGUGCAUUCAAGUCAAGCAGUCAUUCAUAUCAACAUGCCUGCUGUGCCUGGACAGUGUCUUUCUGUAAGAGCUGUAACAGACACGCUGAAUUCCCUCAAGUUCAUAGUUCCCCAAAUGCUGACAUCUUAACCAGGGAAAACUCACCAAAGAAACUUUGAGGAGAAGGAUUUUCAUGAUGUCACAAGAUCCAGUAUAUCGUAAAAUGUUUUGAAAAGUCAGAGUGUAUUUAAAUAAUGGGUUAAUUGGCUAAUAAUAGCGCUGGGAAUGUCCAUGAACUCAAACGAGAAAGAUUCAGAUCAUUGGAUCAUGGUUUCUGUAUCUUUCAGCCAAAAGAAAGAAACAGUACAAUUAAUCAUAGUGGCUUUAAAGUGGAUUAAUGGAAAAAACAUUCACGUAGCAAUUACCUGAAAUUUCUAUAACCUAGUUCACAGCCAGUUAUCUUAGAGUACUUUUCUGAAUGUGAGCUUAUUGGUCUACAUUUUAUAAAGAAAUAAGGCUGUUUCUUGAAAGUAUUUCAUUUUGAACUGAGUUGUCAUUGAAGAACCUCAAAAGCUUUCCACUGCUUUGUAGCAACUAUGUCAAGGUAAAUAAGCAAUAAAUUGACUUGGAUUCCCCAGCUUCAGGGAGCCCUGUGGAUGUUACUGUAUGGAGUAUACAAAGUUGCAAAAGUAACAGUAUGUUGAAACUUUGGAUUUAAUUAUCUUCCAAGCUUCUUGUCUCUUGUGGCAUUAUAUUCAUCUCCUCAAAAUUCCAUAUAUGCAUAGAAACCUCGAUUCUAUUUCUAUAAACAGAGGAACCAAGUAACUGUUGUCUGUAAUUUUUGAAUGAACCUUUGCUCAUUGAGCCAAAGAGAAAAUAUGACUUCUUGACAUGGGAACACUCAGAAAAACAAAAGUAUGCAUGUGUUCUGCCCAUCAAGCUCAGUUGUUUUUGGUUUGUUCUUUUGAAUACUGACAAUCUAUGGAUCUAGGCGUUCCUAAUAAAUGUAGAUGUAUGUCAUCAUUACAAAACCUGGACAGGGAAUUUAUUUGAUGUUCUCUCAAGUUUAUUUUCAGGUUUGUAAGCUCGUCUUGUCGAAUUUAAAACUUCAGUGGCACACUUUAAAGGGGAAAAAAAAUGACACAGGGGCAGUCGAUAUGUUAAGUAAUAGCCUUAGCCACUUCUCAUGCUAGAAAGCUUUUGUAUUUAAAACAA